CUAAAACAGUUGAGAGCUUCGCAGACCGAAUACUCACCAGUCACCAGAGUAUAAAACAGCAGCGCACUCUAUUGUGUCAUCACAGACACUUGUGAAACGCUCCGCGAUACAUCAAAAUGUGCUCAGUAAUUUUAUAUUGUAUGAGCGCGUUGCUGGCCACCAGCUUCGCAGCGGAGAUGCAGUGGACCCCAUACAACAGCCUGCUGCAGCAGUACCAACAGGCAUCCUCAUCAUUCCAGGAGGCAGCUCCUCAAAAUGAUCAACAGUUCCAAGCCAGUGACUAUUCCGGCGGGUAUGACUUCGGAGGCAGCAGUGGAGGCCAUGAUGGCGGAGACUUUGGCGGCCACGACUUCGGCGGACACGACCUCAAGUCCCACGUCUACCCAGUACACCAACACGUGGAAGAAGAGAACCCUGAACCCAUCAAGCACUACAAAGAAGUUGUAGUCCCUCUGCCUAAGAACGUAGAGUUCAAAAUCAAUCAGCCAGUGAUCAUCCCUGUGCCGCACCCAAUCCCGAUCCAGGUUCCCGUACCGAAGGCCGUAGUGAUCCCCAUCAUCAAAGAAGUCUCUAUCCCCGUCGAGAAGUCCGUGCCUUACCCAGUGGAGAAGGUUGUUCAUGUACCAAAAGUUAAAGAAGUGCCUUUUGAAGUGGUGAAACAUAUCUUGGUUCCAGUUGAAAAGCCGGUGCCUUUCAAGGUGCCCGUUUAUGAAACUAUCAUCCAUACUAAGAAGGGACAGCACAAGAUUUAAAUGAAGAUUGAAGAGAAACACGCCUUCGGAUGUGCAAAGGACCACUAAAAGUCUUCUAAAAGAAUAUUUGCUACAGAAAAUUUCGCCUCAUAUUUCUAGUUUCCAACCAAUGUGACGUAAUAUCUCAUUGGUCCUUCUGUCCGCAAUUGCAAAAUUGGUCCUUUGUCUCCAAGGAAUAAGAGAGACUGUCAAAAUUUUCCGAUAACUGUCCAGUUUAAUUCUUUAGAACAUUUGGGCAUAUCAUACUUUUUAGCUUUUCUAUGAAAUAUCCUAUUCUUUUACAAAAGUUUCGAAGGAAAAGCAACUCUAUUGUUGUUUACAUAAAGGCCAGAGUUUUCCGUGAUCUAAUGGAAAACAAAUAUGAAUUUGUACGUUUGUUGUUAAAAUAUUGAAGUUUUAUAUUUCAACCUGCCGCCUUGUUAUGUUGUUGUAUUGUUGUUGUACUGUUGUUGUAUGUUGUUGUAUGGGUGACUGUGUGCAUGUGUUGUAAAUAUUACGUUGUUAUUUAGUUCUAAGGUGUAAUAAAGAAUUUGAUAAUGAUUUUUA